GUUUUAUAUACUUUAUGCUAACUUGAUCAGACCAAUGCCAUUUUAUUUGCUCUGCUCUCCACAAGUAUACAAGCAAAUAGGGAGCCAUCUGCAAAACCUAGUCAUCUUUCUAAGUCAACUCUGAGGUGAAUUAUACUAGUGUUGUGAUAAAAUAAUUCAAUUUAGGUGAACAGCUUUCCAAAGGCACCAGUGUGGAAGGGCAAGGAGUUCUAAAUGUGUUUGGUUAAAAAAAAAAUUCUUCCAUAGGGUUAUGUUGCCUUUUAUUUAGAUGUGAUCAAGUAUAUUUAUGAUAAGAAAAGGCACCAACUUAAAUGUUUUUAUAUUCUAUAAUUACGUCUUUUUCACCCUUUGUUUAAUGUUCCCAAAAUAAUUGUUUCCAGGAAGAUACAUCAUUUGCACUUUUUAUGUUAUCGAAGUCAAAACAGUACAUAUUUAAUCAUUUGAAUGUAUUCACACAAUUUGAAAACCUGGAAAAUAGUCAUUGAAAGAAACUACCCAUAACUACAGUUUCCCUUUCCCGUCAGUCCCCAAACAUCACAUCACCCUUAAGUUCAUGGCCUCUUCCCAGCACGUGGACAACAGCAGAAAGAAUGUUUUCACUCUACACGUCCUACAGUCUGAGGAGAACAAAAUGCUGCAUAACUACCCAAUCCUGGCCCUUCUAUUUAACUAGAGCUUAUUUCCGGACAGUGAAGUCAGUUCUAUCAUAACACUGAACCGAAAUACGAAAAGAGUGCGUUUCAAAAUGGUCACGGAAUUUACACCACCUUAUCCAAACCUUCUGACCCGGUGCCAUUUUCCUUGGACCCCACGCUGCUUUAUCAUAAGAGAUCCAUUAACUAUGCCUCCUACCCAAACCACACAGUAUUAGAAAUUUAAAGUCAGCUCUCCUGAAGUUGCACCUGGGAGUCCCACACAUCCACCACCAAUUAGGACACAAUCAACUUCUACCGUACUCGCGCCACCAGGGACACCUGCGAGGAUGGACCGGCACCUUGGCCAGGAGCAGGAGGCCGGCCCCGCAGCGGGUGAGGGUGGGGCACGCUUCCCUCCGCUGCCCCGCCGCGGCGUCUGACGUCUCGCGCGUCGCCGACCUGGAGCUACGCGGGGAGCCCGGCCGCAGCAAGCGGGGUGUGAAGAGAAAAAAAUGACAUUCCAAUGGGCGGCAGUUGCAACCUUUCUUUAUGCUGAAAUAGGACUCAUUUUAAUCUUCUGUUUACCUUUUAUUCCUCCUCAGAGAUGGCAGAAGAUUUUUUCAUUUAAUAUCUGGGGUAAAAUUGCAACCUUUUGGAACAAGGCUUUUCUUACUAUUAUAGUCCUAUUGAUUGUUCUGUUUCUAGAUGCUGUGAGGGAAGUAAGGAAAUAUUCCUCUGUUACUACUGUCGAAAAGAGCUUACCCAGCAGACCUGGUGCCCAUGAACAUACACAGAUGAAACUUUUUAGGUCUCAAAGAAAUCUUUACAUUUCUGGAUUUUCAUUAUUUUUUUGGCUAGUGCUAAGACGUCUGGUUACCCUUAUUACUCAGUUGGCAAAAGAACUAUCAAACAAAGGAGUACUUAAAACUCAAGCAGAAGAUGCUAAUGAGACUGCCAAAAAAUUCAUGAAAGAGAAUGAGAAACUAAGACAGCUCUUGAAACGCUGUAACAAGGAAGAGGAACACCUUUUGGAAGCACAAAACAAAAAACUGGUAGAAGACCAGGAAAAACUGAAAACUGAAUUAAAGAAGACUUCAGAUGCCCUUUCUAAGGCACAAAAUGACCUGAUGACAAUGAAGAUACAAUCAGAGAAUCUUUCAAAAGAAUACGACCGACUCCUAAAAGAACACUCAGAACUUCAGGGUCAUCUAGGAAAAGGCAACAAGAAAGGCCAGUGAACUGUAUGAAAGAAGAUUGCGACACACAUGUCAAGAUAAUGAAUUUGUGAUCAUGUUAGCCUCUAGAAAAUUUAAAAUUCAGUCCAGAAAAAUGUACUCUGACCAGCCAGUAUUUUUUAAAUGUCAUGCACAAUGGCAUCAUCACAAUAUUUGGUGAUGUUUUACACAUGUUGUACAGUAUUCUGGCUCUUAAAUAAAAUAUAAGCAUGUUGCACACAAUAUUUAUAUAUUCAUAGUAACACUGGUGGAUGGUGGUUGUUUACCAAUAGAAGGAAAAAGUCAUUAGCCAGUUUCUUCCAAAAUUAGAUUUUUAAGUUGCAUAAAACCAUUAAUAGCCUUUAAAAGCUUUGAUGAGGUUCCCCUACUAAUAAUCUAAUUAAUCAUAUGAUGAUAAUGAUUAUGUAUUUGAGUAUAGUAUCCAGUACCAGCAAAUGUGUUCAUAGGGAUAUUAAAUAAGGGUAAAUGAUCACAAGUUGCCACUAUAUUAAAAGAGAAGAGUCAGAAAGUGCAAAAAAUAAAAACAGUGACCUUAGGCUUUUUAAGCCUGAUGAUACUAUGGUUUACUCUCAUGAGACAACUAUAUUUAUAAUUUUUGUUACUGUACUUCUGCAACUGUUGGACUGUUUUUGUUGACAUUUGUGUUAAUAACAUAAGUGUUCAACCUUUUAAAAGUUUAUCUAGGAAUGGAGUUUACAUCUAUUUGCAUUAACUGUUAGAGCACUGAACUGAAAUUAUUUUACAAUAAUGAGGAAUUCUUGACUCAGAAACUUAAUGUACAACAUAUUAAAAAAAAACAAGUAUUUCCCAUUGCUGU